AUGGCGCACGAGCAGGCAGUGAAUGGACAUGCCACCCCCACAGCUCACCCAGAAGACAUCCCAGGAGGAAGUCACUUCCAUCAGGUCAUGCAGCCUGGCAAGCAGGGACAGACGGGUGUGGAGCCACACAGUGUCAGAGGGCCCCAGUCAGGGACUGGGACCAUUGCUGGGGUGUAUGUGGAGGCUUCCAAGAAGACAAUGAGUUUUUAUGAUGCCACCAGAGAGCACUUCCUGAUGUCUGAGCCAGCACUUGCUCUUCUGGAGGCUCAGGCAGCCACAGGCUUCCUCAUUGACCCAGUGGGGAACAAGCGGCUCUCCGUGGCAGAGGCUGUGAGACUCGGGCUGAUCUCGCUCUAUCAAGCCAUCCAAAAAGAGCUGCUCGGACGGGAGCAGGGUGCCCGUCUGCUGGAGGUCCAGAUCGCCACAGGGGGCCUUGUGGAUCCAGCCACCAGCCACCGCGUCCCCAUGGAGGUUAUCUACGAACAGGAACACUUUGGUGACGAGAUGAGCCAGCUUCUCUCUGACCCCAGCUCUGCUGCUGCCAGAGGGUUUCUUGACCCAAACACCAGCGAGAGGGUCACCUAUCAGGAGCUUAAGAAACGGUGCAUCAUCGAUCCGACCACAGGGCUCCUCCUCUUGCCUCUGAAAAUCACCUUCCCGGGGCUGAGAGGGAGAGUGAGCAGCAGUGAGCUGCUCAGCUCCAGCAUCAUCGACAUGGAAACGUUCAGGGCCCUCCAGGAAGGCCGGGUCUCCGUCCAGGAGGUAGCAGAGAUGGACCAUGUUCAGCAGUACCUGGAGGGCACAGGAAGCAUUGCAGGUGUCGCUGUCCUACCUACCGGUGAGAGGAAGAGUCUGUACCAGGCACUGACAGAGCACCUCCUCAUGCCAGGCACAGCACUGGCCCUCCUGCAGGCCCAGGCUGCCACCGCCUGCCUGACCGAGCCCACCAAGACCCAGAGACUCUCCGUUGAUGAUGCUGUCAAGGCUGGUGUGGUUGGGCCGGAGCUCUAUGAGAAGCUGUCAUCCGCUGAGAGAGCCGCCACUGGGUACCGAGACCCCUGCACUGGGGAGCUGCUCUCUCUGUUUCAAGCCAUGAGUAAGGGGCUCGUUGCCAGGGACCAGGGGACUUACCUACUGGAGGCCCAGCUGGCCACUGGUGGCCUCAUCGAUCCAGUCCACAAUCACCGUGUCCCAGUGGAGAUGGCCUGCCAGCGGGGCUACCUUGAUGAAGACAUGAAACGGCUCCUCUUCCAUCCCACCCAUGACAUCAAAGGGUUCUUCGACCCCAACACGAAGGAGACCCUGACGUACGCAGAGUUAUUGGAGAGGUGCGUCACUGACCCAGACACCGGUCUCCGCCUGCUGCCACUCUUCGGAGAUGAUGGGGAAGGGUCUGGGGGUGUGCAGUCCUUCAUUGACCACAGGACCCGAAUGGCUUUGGAAAACACAACCGUACCUGUGGCCUGUGGCAAAUUCAAGGGGAAGUCGGUGUCGCUCUGGAAACUCCUGUUCUCAGACUACUUCACAAGUGUGCAAAGGGCCACACUUACCCAGCAGUGCCGCACCGCGACUCUCUCCAUGCAGGAACUGGCUAAAACCGUCAGCACUGCUGUUCAGCAAAUGGCUUCCACUGCCAAUAUCACCUUUGAAGGCCUAAGGCACAAGGUGACCCCUAGCCAGCUCCUGAGUGCUGAAAUCAUCAACAGGGAUUUGUUUGAGAAGCUGAGCCAAGGGGAGACAUCAGCCAGAGAAGUUGUCGGCAUGGACACAGUCAGGAAUUACCUGGAAGGGACAGGCAGUAUCAGUGGGCUGCUGCUGCCCGAUUCCCAGGAGAAAAUCAGCAUCUACCAAGCAAAGAGGAAAGGCCUUCUAAUGCCAGGGACGUCCCUCAUCCUCCUCGAGGCACAGGCUGCCACUGGAUUCAUCAUCGACCCAGCUGCAAACAAGAAAUAUUCUGUGGAGGAGGCUCUACGAGCCAACAUCAUCGGCCCAGAUAUUUACAACAAGCUGCUGGCAGCAGAGAAAGCAGUCACUGGCUACAAAGACCCCUACACCGGCAACAAGAUCUCCCUCUUCCAAGCCAUGAAGAGAGACCUGAUAGUCAAAGACCACGGCAUCCGCCUGCUGGAGGCCCAGAUCGCCACCGGUGGCAUCAUCGACCCCAUUCACAGCCACCGAAUCCCUGUGGAGGUGGCUUACAAGCGGGGCUACUUCGACAAGAAGAUGAACCUGAUCCUCUCUGACCCCAGCGAUGACACCAAGGGCUUCUUCGACCCCAACACGCACGAGAACCUCACGUACUUGCAGCUGAAGGAGAAGUGCAUCACAGAGCCCUCCACCGGGCUCUGCCUCCUUCCUCUGAACAGCAAGAAGCGCCAGUUCAUCGACGCCACCACCAAAGAAGCCUUCAGGAGCACCUGGCUCCUCGUGAAGUACGGGAGGUUCCGAGGAGAAAGGGUCUCUGUGUGGGACCUAUUGAACUCUGAGUAUUUCAGUGAGGGAAAGCGGCGGGAGAUAUUUAAUCACUACCAGCUGCGGAAGCUCACUCUGGAGCAGAUCAGACUCAUGUUGGAGGAAGAGAUGAAAAAAUGGGCCCACAUCAAAUUCCCAGCCAUGAGAGGCAGUGUCACGGCCUACCACCUGCUAGAAACUGGCAUCAUAGACAAGGCCCUGUUUGAGAGGGUGCUGGAGGGAGUCGUGAGCCCGGAGGACGUCCUGCGCAUGGAUUCUGUCCGUAAAUACCUCUAUGGCUCUGGCAGCAUCGGGGGGAUUGUGCUCCAGCCAUCAAACCAGAGAAUGAGCAUCUAUGAAGCCAUGAAGCAGAAGAUUGUGAUGCCAGGGGUGGCUCUCCCACUGCUCGAGGCCCAGGCUGCUACUGGUUUCAUCAUUGACCCAGUGAACAACCAGAAGCUGUGCGUUAAUGAAGCUGUAAAGGAAGGGGUUAUCGGGCCAGAACUCCAUGAGAAACUGCAGCACGCGGAAGGAGCCGUAAUGGGCUAUAAAGACCCUUUCACUGGGGAAAAGAUCUCCCUCUUCCAAGCCAUGAAGAAGGGCCUCAUCACCGACAAACAGGCUAUUCAGCUCAUGGAAGCCCAAAUUGCCACAGGAGGCAUCAUUGACCCCCACCAUGGCCACUAUGUCCCUGUGGAAUUUGCCCAGAAACGAGGCUUCUUGGAUGAGGACAUGAGCAAAACCCUCUCUAGUGCCUCUGACAAUACCAGGGUCUACUGCGUCCCCAACACCAAGGAGCCUGUGACCUACGCUCAGCUCAUCGCGCGCUGCCAGAAGGACAAAAACUCUGGCCUCCACUUGCUGCCUUUGCCACAGACAGCGGUGCCUGUCCGCACAGAUGAGCAGAUCCAGCAGCUAUUCAAGGAGACCAUGGUGAAGGAGAAAGGGGUCUCCCUCUGGGAGCUGAUCCACUCUGGCUACUUCACUGAGGAGCAGAGAAAUGACUUUGUGGAGAAGUACCGGUCUGAGGACAUGUCUAUCUGGCAGCUGGUCACUCUUGUCCUGAAGCUUGUUGAGGAAAUAGAGAUGAAAGCCCAUACCCACAUCACCUUCGAAGGCCUCAGGGGCAGUGUGCCUGCAGUCUGGCUGCUCGAUGCUGGCAUCAUUACCGAGAAGACGUUCGAGGAUCUGGCUCAGGGAACACGAACAGCCAGAGAAGUAGGCAAGAUGGAGAGUGUGAAGAGAUACUUACAGGGUACGGGGAGCAUUGCUGGGAUUUUCAUACAGGCCUCCAAGAAGAGGAUGAGCAUUUACCAAGCAAUGAAAAACAAUCUCCUCCUGCCAGGGACAGGGGUAUUGUUGCUAGAGGCUCAAGCAGCUACAGGAGCUGUUAUAGACCCAGUAACAAACCAGAAACUUGGUGUGGAGGAGGCAAUCAAAGCAGGCAUUGUCGGUGAGGAACUCAUGGAGAAGCUGCUUCUAGCAGAGAGAGCAGUGACCGGUUACACAGACCCAUACACAGGGAAUUCAAUCUCAGUCUGUCAAGCAAUCAGGAAAGGCCUCAUUCCCAUGAGUGAUGGUGUUCGCUUAAUAGAGGCCCAACUGGCUACAGGAGGGGUCAUCGAUCCCAUCCACCAUCAUCAUCUUCCUCUUCCUGCUGCCUACAUGCAUGGCUUUUAUGAUGAAGAAAUGAAUCAGGCCCUAUCCCAGCCCACUGCCAACUCCAAAGUCUUCUUUGAUCCAAACACAAAGGAAAACUUGACCUACCAGCAGCUGAAAGACAGGUGUGUCCCUGAUGCUGGGACAGGCCUCUGGCUACUACCUCUGUCUCAAACUGCAGCAUUCUAUGUGGACAAACAAACCAUGGAGGUGCUGAAAUCUGUGACAGUCUGUGUCGCAGUAGGACGGUUCAAAGGGCAGACAGUUUCAGUCUGGGACCUUCUCAACUCUGAGUACAUCACAGACUGCAAGCAGAGAGAGCUGGUGGAACUAUACAAACAGGAGAAUGCUGUGGCCCUGCAAGAAAUCAUCACCACUGUUACCACAAUCAUUGAAGAAACUGAGAAGCAAGGCAAGAGGUUCACGUUCAAGGGCCUGCGGAAGCAGGUGUCUGCCAGCGACCUCUUCCAGUCUCAGCUGAUAGACAAGAAAACCCUGGAUGAACUCAAGCAGGGACAUAAAACUGUCAAAGAAGUCACAGAGAUGGACUCCGUCCGGAGAUACCUGGAGGGGGGUAACUUCAUAGCUGGAGUGCUAGUACAGCCAGCCAAUGAGAAGAUGAGCAUCUACCAGGCUAUGAUGAGAGGAAUGCUGAGGCCGGGCACCGCGCUGGUGCUGCUGGAGGCACAGGCUGCCACUGGGUUUGUUAUUGACCCGGUGAAGAACAAGAGGCUGUCAGUGGAGGAGGCACUCGCUGCUGGGCUCAUUGGACAACAGGUCUAUGAGAAGCUGUUGUCAGCAGAGAGAGCAGUGACCGGAUACACUGACCCCUGCACAAAAGGCCAAAUCUCCCUCUUCGAAGCCAUGAACCAGGGACUAAUCCUCAAGAGCCACGGCAUCCGCCUGCUGGAGGCCCAGAUCGCCACCGGCGGCAUCAUCGACCCCGUGCACAGUCACCGCCUCCCCGUGGAGGUGGCUUACAAGCGGGGCUACUUCGACGAAGAGAUGAACCAGAUCCUCUCUGACCCCAGCGACGACACCAAGGGCUUCUUCGACCCCAACACGCACGAGAACCUCACCUACAUGCAGCUCCUGGAGAGAUGUGUGCAAGACCCUGAGACUGGGCUGUACAUGCUCCAAAUAGUAAAGCAUGGAGGGACAUACUUCUAUAUCGAUGAGUCAAUGAAACAAUUUUUACGCUCAAAACCCAUUAAAAUGCAAGUUGGGAAGUUCAAAGGCCAAACUGUGUCCCUCUGGGACCUGCUCUGCUCUCAGUACAUCUCAGAACAAAAAAGAAAAGAACUAGUGAAGCAAUAUAAAUGUGAAACCCUGACAAUAGAACAGCUCAUCACAGUUAUCACCACCAUCAUUGAGGAAAUGGAACUCAGAACCCAAGCCCUUAAGGUUAAAGGACUCAGAGGACAUGUGUCUGUGUCAGAGUUAUUCAACGCUGAGAUCAUUGACAAGACAACACUGGACAAUCUGCAGAAAGGAACUCUCACAGUCCAUAAACUGACACAAAUGGACUCUGUCAAGAGGUAUCUGGAAGGAACUGGCAGCAUUGCUGGAGUUCUGCUGUCAGCCAAGAAAGAGAAGAUGAGCAUCUACCACGCUCUAGAGAGGGGUCUCCUAACACCAGAAUCAGCGCUGGUGCUGCUGGAGGCACAGGCUGCCAGCGGCUUUAUCACUGACCCGCUGAAGAACGAGAAGCUGUCCGUCGAUGAAGCCGUCUCCGCCGGCCUGGUGGGCCGUGAGAUUCACGAGAAGCUGCUCUCUGCAGAGAGAGCAGUGACCGGAUACAAUGACCCCUACACGGGCAACAAGAUCUCCCUCUUCCAGGCCAUGAAGAGAGACCUGAUAGUCAAAGACCACGGCAUACACCUGCUGGAGGCCCAGAUCGCCACCGGCGGCAUCAUCGACCCCGUGCACAGUCACCGCCUCCCCGUGGAGGUGGCUUACAAGCGGGGAUAUUUGGACGAUGACACAUUUCUUCUUCUUUCUGAUCCACAACAUGGCAGCAAAAGAUUUAUGGAUCCUAACACGCAAGAAAAACUCAGUUAUGCCCAGCUCCUGCAGAGAUGUAGCAAAGACCCAGACACAGGACUGUGCCUGCUCCAGAUAACAGAAAAGAAGGAAGAUUAUUUCUACAUUGAUGAGCAAACAAAAAAUACAAUGUUAUUAACCAUAGUUCAAGUACCGAUAAUAAACAAAGACACAAUGGUGAAGCUAGAGGAAGGAAAACAGACUGCAAAAGAUAUAGCGAAGAUGGAUUCCAUAAAGAGAUACCUCGAAGGAACUAGCUGCAUCGCCGGAGUCCUUGUGCCGUCCAAGGCGGACCCGUCCAAGACAGAGAAGAUGAGCAUCUACCAGGCCAUGGGGAAGGGGAUUCUGAGGCCGGGCACCGCGCUGGUGCUGCUGGAGGCGCAGGCUGCCAGCGGCUUUAUCACUGACCCGCUGAAGAACGAAAAGCUGUCCGUCGAUGAAGCCGUCUCCGCCGGCCUGGUGGGCCGUGAGAUUCACGAGAAGCUGCUCUCUGCAGAGAGAGCAGUGACCGGAUACACUGACCCCUACACGGGCAACAAGAUCUCCCUCUUCCAGGCCAUGAAGAGAGACCUGAUAGUCAAAGACCACGGCAUCCGCCUGCUGGAGGCCCAGAUCGCCACCGGCGGCAUCAUCGACCCCGUGCACAGUCACCGCCUCCCCGUGGAGGUGGCUUACAAGCGGGGCUACUUCGACGAAGAGAUGAACCGGAUCCUCUCUGACCCCAGCGACGACACCAAGGGCUUCUUCGACCCCAACACGCACGAGAACCUCACCUACAUGCAGCUCCUCAGCAGAUGCGUCCCAGACCCAGACACGGGGCUCCUGAUGCUUCAGCUGAUGCACAAAGGCUCCGUGCUCUUCCAGCUAGAUGAAAAAACACGGAUCUCCUUACAGUCUGCCCCUGCCACUGUCAGCGUGGGACUCUUCCAGGGGCAGAACGUGACCGUGUGGGAGCUUCUCUUCUCCAGAUACGUCCCUGACCAAAAAAGGCAGGAGCUUCUGAAGAAGUACAAAGCGGGGACGCUAACCAUUCAGGAAAUGACAACCAUCAUCACCACCCUCAUCACCGAGGCCGAGCAAAAGAGCAGCAGAGAGCCCGGGCAUGUGAAAAGUCCGAGCACGCAACGGGCAACGUCACAGAACGCCGAGGCUGCCCGUGCGCAGAGAGAUGAAAAAGGGGAGAAGGCCUUGAAGACUACGACAGUCGACGGCCCGGGGGGCGAGUUCGAAGGGCGAAAGGUCUCUGUGUGGGAUCUGCUCUUCUCCAGAUACGUCCCUGAAGAGAAAAGACAAGAGCUUCUAAAGAAGUACAAAGCAGGGACGCUCACCAUUCAAGAAAUGAUAACCGUCAUCACCACCAUCAUCACCGAGACAGAGGAAAAGAGCGGCAAACAGCCCGGAGGCGUGGAAGGCUCCUGCCGAGAGGAGAGACCAUCCGGGAGAGCUGCCAGCGCCCCUUCGCCACAGGACCAACAAGCGGAAAAGGCUCUCCGGCUCGCGACCGUCGAUGUAUCGGUCGGCGAGUUCCAAGGGCGAAAGGUCUCCGUGUGGGAACUUCUCUUCUCCAAAUACCUCCCGGAAGAGAAAAGGCAGGAGCUCCUGGAGCAGUACCGAGCAGGGACGGUGACUCUGGAGGAGCUGGUCAGAAUCCUCACCACCAUGGUUGAGGAGACCGAAGAGAGAAGCAGCAAAGUGAAGUUCUCAGGCCUCAGGAGGCAGGUGACUGCCUCAGAGCUGUUCAGCUCUGACAUUAUUGACCAGAACACGCUGACUGAACUCACCCAGGGCACCAAGACGGUGCAGGAGAUCACGGAAAUGGAGUCCGUAAAGAGAUACCUCGAAGGAACUAGCUGCAUCGCCGGAGUCCUUGUGCCGUCCAAGGCGGACCCGUCCAAGACAGAGAAGAUGAGCAUCUACCAGGCCAUGGGGAAGGGGAUUCUGAGGCCGGGCACCGCGCUGGUGCUGCUGGAGGCGCAGGCUGCCAGCGGCUUUAUCACUGACCCGCUGAAGAACGAGAAGCUGUCCGUCGAUGAAGCCGUCUCCGCCGGCCUGGUGGGCCGUGAGAUUCACGAGAAGCUGCUCUCUGCAGAGAGAGCAGUGACCGGAUACACUGACCCCUACACGGGCAACAAGAUCUCCCUCUUCCAGGCCAUGAAGAGAGACCUGAUAGUCAAAGACCACGGCAUCCGCCUGCUGGAGGCCCAGAUCGCCACCGGCGGCAUCAUCGACCCCGUGCACAGUCACCGCCUCCCCGUGGAGGUGGCUUACAAGCGGGGCUACUUCGACGAAGAGAUGAACCGGAUCCUCUCUGACCCCAGCGACGACACCAAGGGCUUCUUCGACCCCAACACGCACGAGAACCUCACCUACAUGCAGCUCCUCAGCAGAUGCGUCCCAGACCCAGACACGGGGCUCCUGAUGCUUCAGCUGAUGCACAAAGGCUCCGUGCUCUUCCAGCUAGAUGAAAAAACACGGAUCUCCUUACAGUCUGCCCCUGCCACCGUCAGCAUGGGACUCUUCCAGGGGCAGAACGUGACCGUGUGGGAGCUUCUCUUCUCCAGAUACGUCCCUGACCAAAAAAGGCAGGAGCUUCUGAAGAAGUACAAAGCGGGGACGCUAACCAUUCAGGAAAUGACAACCAUCAUCACCACCCUCAUCACCGAGGCCGAGCAAAAGAGCAGCAGAGAGCCCGGGCACGUGAAAAGUCCGAGCACGCAACGGGCAACGUCACAGAACGCCGAGGCUGCCCGUGCGCAGAGAGAUGAAAAAGGGGAGAAGGCCUUGAAGACUACGACAGUCGACGGCCCGGGGGGCGAGUUCGAAGGGCGAAAGGUCUCUGUGUGGGAUCUGCUCUUCUCCAGAUACGUCCCUGAAGAGAAAAGACAAGAGCUUCUAAAGAAGUACAAAGCAGGGACGCUCACCAUUCAAGAAAUGAUAACCGUCAUCACCACCAUCAUCACCGAGACAGAGGAAAAGAGCGGCAAACAGCCCGGAGGCGUGGAAGGCUCCUGCCGAGAGGAGAGACCAUCCGGGAGAGCUGCCAGCGCCCCUUCGCCACAGGACCAACAAGCGGAAAAGGCUCUCCGGCUCGCGACCGUCGAUGUAUCGGUCGGCGAGUUCCAAGGGCGAAAGGUCUCCGUGUGGGAACUUCUCUUCUCCAAAUACCUCCCGGAAGAGAAAAGGCAGGAGCUCCUGGAGCAGUACCGAGCAGGGACGGUGACUCUGGAGGAGCUGGUCAGAAUCCUCACCACCAUGGUUGAGGAGACCGAAGAGAGAAACAGCAAAGUGAAGUUCUCAGGCCUCAGGAGGCAGGUGACUGCCUCAGAGCUGUUCAGCUCUGACAUUAUUGACCAGAACACGCUGACUGAACUCACCCAGGGCACCAAGACGGUGCAGGAGAUCACGGAAAUGGAGUCCGUAAAGAGAUACCUCGAAGGAACUAGCUGCAUCGCCGGAGUCCUUGUGCCGUCCAAGGCGGACCCGUCCAAGACAGAGAAGAUGAGCAUCUACCAGGCCAUGGGGAAGGGGAUUCUGAGGCCGGGCACCGCGCUGGUGCUGCUGGAGGCGCAGGCUGCCAGCGGCUUUAUCACUGACCCGCUGAAGAACGAGAAGCUGUCCGUCGAUGAAGCCGUCUCCGCCGGCCUGGUGGGCCGUGAGAUUCACGAGAAGCUGCUCUCUGCAGAGAGAGCAGUGACCGGAUACACUGACCCCUACACGGGCAACAAGAUCUCCCUCUUCCAGGCUAUGAAGAGAGACCUGAUAGUCAAAGACCACGGCAUCCGCCUGCUGGAGGCCCAGAUCGCCACCGGCGGCAUCAUCGACCCCGUGCACAGUCACCGCCUCCCCGUGGAGGUGGCUUACAAGCGGGGCUACUUCGACGAAGAGAUGAACCGGAUCCUCUCUGACCCCAGCGACGACACCAAGGGCUUCUUCGACCCCAACACGCACGAGAACCUCACCUACAUGCAGCUCCUCAGCAGAUGCGUCCCAGACCCAGACACGGGGCUCCUGAUGCUUCAGCUGAUGCACAAAGGCUCCGUGCUCUUCCAGCUAGAUGAAAAAACACGGAUCUCCUUACAGUCUGCCCCUGCCACCGUCAGCGUGGGACUCUUCCAGGGGCAGAACGUGACCGUGUGGGAGCUUCUCUUCUCCAGAUACGUCCCUGACCAAAAAAGGCAGGAGCUUCUGAAGAAGUACAAAGCGGGGACGCUAACCAUUCAGGAAAUGACAACCAUCAUCACCACCCUCAUCACCGAGGCCGAGCAAAAGAGCAGCAGAGAGCCCGGGCACGUGAAAAGUCCGAGCACGCAACGGGCAACGUCACAGAACGCCGAGGCUGCCCGUGCGCAGAGAGAUGAAAAAGGGGAGAAGGCCUUGAAGACUACGACAGUCGACGGCCCGGGGGGCGAGUUCGAAGGGCGAAAGGUCUCUGUGUGGGAUCUGCUCUUCUCCAGAUACGUCCCUGAAGAGAAAAGACAAGAGCUUCUAAAGAAGUACAAAGCAGGGACGCUCACCAUUCAAGAAAUGAUAACCGUCAUCACCACCAUCAUCACCGAGACAGAGGAAAAGAGCGGCAAACAGCCCGGAGGCGUGGAAGGCUCCUGCCGAGAGGAGAGACCAUCCGGGAGAGCUGCCAGCGCCCCUUCGCCACAGGACCAACAAGCGGAAAAGGCUCUCCGGCUCGCGACCGUCGAUGUAUCGGUCGGCGAGUUCCAAGGGCGAAAGGUCUCCGUGUGGGAACUUCUCUUCUCCAAAUACCUCCCGGAAGAGAAAAGGCAGGAGCUCCUGGAGCAGUACCGAGCAGGGACGGUGACUCUGGAGGAGCUGGUCAGAAUCCUCACCACCAUGGUUGAGGAGACCGAAGAGAGAAGCAGCAAAGUGAAGUUCUCAGGCCUCAGGAGGCAGGUGACUGCCUCAGAGCUGUUCAGCUCUGACAUUAUUGACCAGAACACGCUGACUGAACUCACCCAGGGCACCAAGACGGUGCAGGAGAUCACGGAAAUGGAGUCCGUAAAGAGAUACCUCGAAGGAACUAGCUGCAUCGCCGGAGUCCUUGUGCCGUCCAAGGCGGACCCGUCCAAGACAGAGAAGAUGAGCAUCUACCAGGCCAUGGGGAAGGGGAUUCUGAGGCCGGGCACCGCGCUGGUGCUGCUGGAGGCGCAGGCUGCCAGCGGCUUUAUCACUGACCCGCUGAAGAACGAGAAGCUGUCCGUCGAUGAAGCCGUCUCCGCCGGCCUGGUGGGCCGUGAGAUUCACGAGAAGCUGCUCUCUGCAGAGAGAGCAGUGACCGGAUACACUGACCCCUACACGGGCAACAAGAUCUCCCUCUUCCAGGCCAUGAAGAGAGACCUGAUAGUCAAAGACCACGGCAUCCGCCUGCUGGAGGCCCAGAUCGCCACCGGCGGCAUCAUCGACCCCGUGCACAGUCACCGCCUCCCCGUGGAGGUGGCUUACAAGCGGGGCUACUUCGACGAAGAGAUGAACCGGAUCCUCUCUGACCCCAGCGACGACACCAAGGGCUUCUUCGACCCCAACACGCACGAGAACCUCACCUACAUGCAGCUCCUCAGCAGAUGCGUCCCAGACCCAGACACGGGGCUCCUGAUGCUUCAGCUGAUGCACAAAGGCUCCGUGCUCUUCCAGCUAGAUGAAAAAACACGGAUCUCCUUACAGUCUGCCCCUGCCACCGUCAGCGUGGGACUCUUCCAGGGGCAGAACGUGACCGUGUGGGAGCUUCUCUUCUCCAGAUACGUCCCUGACCAAAAAAGGCAGGAGCUUCUGAAGAAGUACAAAGCGGGGACGCUAACCAUUCAGGAAAUGACAACCAUCAUCACCACCCUCAUCACCGAGGCCGAGCAAAAGAGCAGCAGAGAGCCCGGGCACGUGAAAAGUCCGAGCACGCAACGGGCAACGUCACAGAACGCCGAGGCUGCCCGUGCGCAGAGAGAUGAAAAAGGGGAGAAGGCCUUGAAGACUACGACAGUCGACGGCCCGGGGGGCGAGUUCGAAGGGCGAAAGGUCUCUGUGUGGGAUCUGCUCUUCUCCAGAUACGUCCCUGAAGAGAAAAGACAAGAGCUUCUAAAGAAGUACAAAGCAGGGACGCUCACCAUUCAAGAAAUGAUAACCGUCAUCACCACCAUCAUCACCGAGACAGAGGAAAAGAGCGGCAAACAGCCCGGAGGCGUGGAAGGCUCCUGCCGAGAGGAGAGACCAUCCGGGAGAGCUGCCAGCGCCCCUUCGCCACAGGACCAACAAGCGGAAAAGGCUCUCCGGCUCGCGACCGUCGAUGUAUCGGUCGGCGAGUUCCAAGGGCGAAAGGUCUCCGUGUGGGAACUUCUCUUCUCCAAAUACCUCCCGGAAGAGAAAAGGCAGGAGCUCCUGGAGCAGUACCGAGCAGGGACGGUGACUCUGGAGGAGCUGGUCAGAAUCCUCACCACCAUGGUUGAGGAGACCGAAGAGAGAAGCAGCAAAGUGAAGUUCUCAGGCCUCAGGAGGCAGGUGACUGCCUCAGAGCUGUUCAGCUCUGACAUUAUUGACCAGAACACGCUGACUGAACUCACCCAGGGCACCAAGACGGUGCAGGAGAUCACGGAAAUGGAGUCCGUAAAGAGAUACCUCGAAGGAACUAGCUGCAUCGCCGGAGUCCUUGUGCCGUCCAAGGCGGACCCGUCCAAGACAGAGAAGAUGAGCAUCUACCAGGCCAUGGGGAAGGGGAUUCUGAGGCCGGGCACCGCGCUGGUGCUGCUGGAGGCGCAGGCUGCCAGCGGCUUUAUCACUGACCCGCUGAAGAACGAGAAGCUGUCCGUCGAUGAAGCCGUCUCCGCCGGCCUGGUGGGCCGUGAGAUUCACGAGAAGCUGCUCUCUGCAGAGAGAGCAGUGACCGGAUACACUGACCCCUACACGGGCAACAAGAUCUCCCUCUUCCAGGCCAUGAAGAGAGACCUGAUAGUCAAAGACCACGGCAUCCGCCUGCUGGAGGCCCAGAUCGCCACCGGCGGCAUCAUCGACCCCGUGCACAGUCACCGCCUCCCCGUGGAGGUGGCUUACAAGCGGGGCUACUUCGACGAAGAGAUGAACCGGAUCCUCUCUGACCCCAGCGACGACACCAAGGGCUUCUUCGACCCCAACACGCACGAGAACCUCACCUACAUGCAGCUCCUCAGCAGAUGCGUCCCAGACCCAGACACGGGGCUCCUGAUGCUUCAGCUGAUGCACAAAGGCUCCGUGCUCUUCCAGCUAGAUGAAAAAACACGGAUCUCCUUACAGUCUGCCCCUGCCACCGUCAGCGUGGGACUCUUCCAGGGGCAGAACGUGACCGUGUGGGAGCUUCUCUUCUCCAGAUACGUCCCUGACCAAAAAAGGCAGGAGCUUCUGAAGAAGUACAAAGCGGGGACGCUAACCAUUCAGGAAAUGACAACCAUCAUCACCACCCUCAUCACCGAGGCCGAGCAAAAGAGCAGCAGAGAGCCCGGGCACGUGAAAAGUCCGAGCACGCAACGGGCAACGUCACAGAACGCCGAGGCUGCCCGUGCGCAGAGAGAUGAAAAAGGGGAGAAGGCCUUGAAGACUACGACAGUCGACGGCCCGGGGGGCGAGUUCGAAGGGCGAAAGGUCUCUGUGUGGGAUCUGCUCUUCUCCAGAUACGUCCCUGAAGAGAAAAGACAAGAGCUUCUAAAGAAGUACAAAGCAGGGACGCUCACCAUUCAAGAAAUGAUAACCGUCAUCACCACCAUCAUCACCGAGACAGAGGAAAAGAGCGGCAAACAGCCCGGAGGCGUGGAAGGCUCCUGCCGAGAGGAGAGACCAUCCGGGAGAGCUGCCAGCGCCCCUUCGCCACAGGACCAACAAGCGGAAAAGGCUCUCCGGCUCGCGACCGUCGAUGUAUCGGUCGGCGAGUUCCAAGGGCGAAAGGUCUCCGUGUGGGAACUUCUCUUCUCCAAAUACCUCCCGGAAGAGAAAAGGCAGGAGCUCCUGGAGCAGUACCGAGCAGGGACGGUGACUCUGGAGGAGCUGGUCAGAAUCCUCACCACCAUGGUUGAGGAGACCGAAGAGAGAAGCAGCAAAGUGAAGUUCUCAGGCCUCAGGAGGCAGGUGACUGCCUCAGAGCUGUUCAGCUCUGACAUUAUUGACCAGAACACGCUGACUGAACUCACCCAGGGCACCAAGACGGUGCAGGAGAUCACGGAAAUGGAGUCCGUAAAGAGAUACCUCGAAGGAACUAGCUGCAUCGCCGGAGUCCUUGUGCCGUCCAAGGCGGACCCGUCCAAGACAGAGAAGAUGAGCAUCUACCAGGCCAUGGGGAAGGGGAUUCUGAGGCCGGGCACCGCGCUGGUGCUGCUGGAGGCGCAGGCUGCCAGCGGCUUUAUCACUGACCCGCUGAAGAACGAGAAGCUGUCCGUCGAUGAAGCCGUCUCCGCCGGCCUGGUGGGCCGUGAGAUUCACGAGAAGCUGCUCUCUGCAGAGAGAGCAGUGACCGGAUACACUGACCCCUACACGGGCAACAAGAUCUCCCUCUUCCAGGCCAUGAAGAGAGACCUGAUAGUCAAAGACCACGGCAUCCGCCUGCUGGAGGCCCAGAUCGCCACCGGCGGCAUCAUCGACCCCGUGCACAGUCACCGCCUCCCCGUGGAGGUGGCUUACAAGCGGGGCUACUUCGACGAAGAGAUGAACCGGAUCCUCUCUGACCCCAGCGACGACACCAAGGGCUUCUUCGACCCCAACACGCACGAGAACCUCACCUACAUGCAGCUCCUCAGCAGAUGCGUCCCAGACCCAGACACGGGGCUCCUGAUGCUUCAGCUGAUGCACAAAGGCUCCGUGCUCUUCCAGCUAGAUGAAAAAACACGGAUCUCCUUACAGUCUGCCCCUGCCACCGUCAGCGUGGGACUCUUCCAGGGGCAGAACGUGACCGUGUGGGAGCUUCUCUUCUCCAGAUACGUCCCUGACCAAAAAAGGCAGGAGCUUCUGAAGAAGUACAAAGCGGGGACGCUAACCAUUCAGGAAAUGACAACCAUCAUCACCACCCUCAUCACCGAGGCCGAGCAAAAGAGCAGCAGAGAGCCCGGGCACGUGAAAAGUCCGAGCACGCAACGGGCAACGUCACAGAACGCCGAGGCUGCCCGUGCGCAGAGAGAUGAAAAAGGGGAGAAGGCCUUGAAGACUAUGACAGUCGACGGCCCGGGGGGCGAGUUCGAAGGGCGAAAGGUCUCUGUGUGGGAUCUGCUCUUCUCCAGAUACGUCCCUGAAGAGAAAAGACAAGAGCUUCUAAAGAAGUACAAAGCAGGGACGCUCACCAUUCAAGAAAUGAUAACCGUCAUCACCACCAUCAUCACCGAGACAGAGGAAAAGAGCGGCAAACAGCCCGGAGGCGUGGAAGGCUCCUGCCGAGAGGAGAGACCAUCCGGGAGAGCUGCCAGCGCCCCUUCGCCACAGGACCAACAAGCGGAAAAGGCUCUCCGGCUCGCGACCGUCGAUGUAUCGGUCGGCGAGUUCCAAGGGCGAAAGGUCUCCGUGUGGGAACUUCUCUUCUCCAAAUACCUCCCGGAAGAGAAAAGGCAGGAGCUCCUGGAGCAGUACCGAGCAGGGACGGUGACUCUGGAGGAGCUGGUCAGAAUCCUCACCACCAUGGUUGAGGAGACCGAAGAGAGAAGCAGCAAAGUGAAGUUCUCAGGCCUCAGGAGGCAGGUGACUGCCUCAGAGCUGUUCAGCUCUGACAUUAUUGACCAGAACACGCUGACUGAACUCACCCAGGGCACCAAGACGGUGCAGGAGAUCACGGAAAUGGAGUCCGUAAAGAGAUACCUCGAAGGAACUAGCUGCAUCGCCGGAGUCCUUGUGCCGUCCAAGGCGGACCCGUCCAAGACAGAGAAGAUGAGCAUCUACCAGGCCAUGGGGAAGGGGAUUCUGAGGCCGGGCACCGCGCUGGUGCUGCUGGAGGCGCAGGCUGCCAGCGGCUUUAUCACUGACCCGCUGAAGAACGAGAAGCUGUCCGUCGAUGAAGCCGUCUCCGCCGGCCUGGUGGGCCGUGAGAUUCACGAGAAGCUGCUCUCUGCAGAGAGAGCAGUGACCGGAUACACUGACCCCUACACGGGCAACAAGAUCUCCCUCUUCCAGGCUAUGAAGAGAGACCUGAUAGUCAAAGACCACGGCAUCCGCCUGCUGGAGGCCCAGAUCGCCACCGGCGGCAUCAUCGACCCCGUGCACAGUCACCGCCUCCCCGUGGAGGUGGCUUACAAGCGGGGCUACUUCGACGAAGAGAUGAACCGGAUCCUCUCUGACCCCAGCGACGACACCAAGGGCUUCUUCGACCCCAACACGCACGAGAACCUCACCUACAUGCAGCUCCUCAGCAGAUGCGUCCCAGACCCAGACACGGGGCUCCUGAUGCUUCAGCUGAUGCACAAAGGCUCCAUGCUCUUCCAGCUAGAUGAAAAAACACGGAUCUCCUUACAGUCUGCCCCUGCCACCGUCAGCGUGGGACUCUUCCAGGGGCAGAACGUGACCGUGUGGGAGCUUCUCUUCUCCAGAUACGUCCCUGACCAAAAAAGGCAGGAGCUUCUGAAGAAGUACAAAGCGGGGACGCUAACCAUUCAGGAAAUGACAACCAUCAUCACCACCCUCAUCACCGAGGCCGAGCAAAAGAGCAGCAGAGAGCCCGGGCACGUGAAAAGUCCGAGCACGCAACGGGCAACGUCACAGAACGCCGAGGCUGCCCGUGCGCAGAGAGAUGAAAAAGGGGAGAAGGCCUUGAAGACUACGACAGUCGACGGCCCGGGGGGCGAGUUCGAAGGGCGAAAGGUCUCUGUGUGGGAUCUGCUCUUCUCCAGAUACGUCCCUGAAGAGAAAAGACAAGAGCUUCUAAAGAAGUACAAAGCAGGGACGCUCACCAUUCAAGAAAUGAUAACCGUCAUCACCACCAUCAUCACCGAGACAGAGGAAAAGAGCGGCAAACAGCCCGGAGGCGUGGAAGGCUCCUGCCGAGAGGAGAGACCAUCCGGGAGAGCUGCCAGCGCCCCUUCGCCACAGGACCAACAAGCGGAAAAGGCUCUCCGGCUCGCGACCGUCGAUGUAUCGGUCGGCGAGUUCCAAGGGCGAAAGGUCUCCGUGUGGGAACUUCUCUUCUCCAAAUACCUCCCGGAAGAGAAAAGGCAGGAGCUCCUGGAGCAGUACCGAGCAGGGACGGUGACUCUGGAGGAGCUGGUCAGAAUCCUCACCACCAUGGUUGAGGAGACCGAAGAGAGAAGCAGCAAAGUGAAGUUCUCAGGCCUCAGGAGGCAGGUGACUGCCUCAGAGCUGUUCAGCUCUGACAUUAUUGACCAGAACACGCUGACUGAACUCACCCAGGGCACCAAGACGGUGCAGGAGAUCACGGAAAUGGAGUCCGUAAAGAGAUACCUCGAAGGAACUAGCUGCAUCGCCGGAGUCCUUGUGCCGUCCAAGGCGGACCCGUCCAAGACAGAGAAGAUGAGCAUCUACCAGGCCAUGGGGAAGGGGAUUCUGAGGCCGGGCACCGCGCUGGUGCUGCUGGAGGCGCAGGCUGCCAGCGGCUUUAUCACUGACCCGCUGAAGAACGAGAAGCUGUCCGUCGAUGAAGCCGUCUCCGCCGGCCUGGUGGGCCGUGAGAUUCACGAGAAGCUGCUCUCUGCAGAGAGAGCAGUGACCGGAUACACUGACCCCUACACGGGCAACAAGAUCUCCCUCUUCCAGGCCAUGAAGAGAGACCUGAUAGUCAAAGACCACGGCAUCCGCCUGCUGGAGGCCCAGAUCGCCACCGGCGGCAUCAUCGACCCCGUGCACAGUCACCGCCUCCCCGUGGAGGUGGCUUACAAGCGGGGCUACUUCGACGAAGAGAUGAACCGGAUCCUCUCUGACCCCAGCGACGACACCAAGGGCUUCUUCGACCCCAACACGCACGAGAACCUCACCUACAUGCAGCUCCUCAGCAGAUGCGUCCCAGACCCAGACACGGGGCUCCUGAUGCUUCAGCUGAUGCACAAAGGCUCCGUGCUCUUCCAGCUAGAUGAAAAAACACGGAUCUCCUUACAGUCUGCCCCUGCCACCGUCAGCGUGGGACUCUUCCAGGGGCAGAACGUGACCGUGUGGGAGCUUCUCUUCUCCAGAUACGUCCCUGACCAAAAAAGGCAGGAGCUUCUGAAGAAGUACAAAGCGGGGACGCUAACCAUUCAGGAAAUGACAACCAUCAUCACCACCCUCAUCACCGAGGCCGAGCAAAAGAGCAGCAGAGAGCCCGGGCACGUGAAAAGUCCGAGCACGCAACGGGCAACGUCACAGAACGCCGAGGCUGCCCGUGCGCAGAGAGAUGAAAAAGGGGAGAAGGCCUUGAAGACUACGACAGUCGACGGCCCGGGGGGCGAGUUCGAAGGGCGAAAGGUCUCUGUGUGGGAUCUGCUCUUCUCCAGAUACGUCCCUGAAGAGAAAAGACAAGAGCUUCUAAAGAAGUACAAAGCAGGGACGCUCACCAUUCAAGAAAUGAUAACCGUCAUCACCACCAUCAUCACCGAGACAGAGGAAAAGAGCGGCAAACAGCCCGGAGGCGUGGAAGGCUCCUGCCGAGAGGAGAGACCAUCCGGGAGAGCUGCCAGCGCCCCUUCGCCACAGGACCAACAAGCGGAAAAGGCUCUCCGGCUCGCGACCGUCGAUGUAUCGGUCGGCGAGUUCCAAGGGCGAAAGGUCUCCGUGUGGGAACUUCUCUUCUCCAAAUACCUCCCGGAAGAGAAAAGGCAGGAGCUCCUGGAGCAGUACCGAGCAGGGACGGUGACUCUGGAGGAGCUGGUCAGAAUCCUCACCACCAUGGUUGAGGAGACCGAAGAGAGAAGCAGCAAAGUGAAGUUCUCAGGCCUCAGGAGGCAGGUGACUGCCUCAGAGCUGUUCAGCUCUGACAUUAUUGACCAGAACACGCUGACUGAACUCACCCAGGGCACCAAGACGGUGCAGGAGAUCACGGAAAUGGAGUCCGUAAAGAGAUACCUCGAAGGAACUAGCUGCAUCGCCGGAGUCCUUGUGCCGUCCAAGGCGGACCCGUCCAAGACAGAGAAGAUGAGCAUCUACCAGGCCAUGGGGAAGGGGAUUCUGAGGCCGGGCACCGCGCUGGUGCUGCUGGAGGCGCAGGCUGCCAGCGGCUUUAUCACUGACCCGCUGAAGAACGAGAAGCUGUCCGUCGAUGAAGCCGUCUCCGCCGGCCUGGUGGGCCGUGAGAUUCACGAGAAGCUGCUCUCUGCAGAGAGAGCAGUGACCGGAUACACUGACCCCUACACGGGCAACAAGAUCUCCCUCUUCCAGGCCAUGAAGAGAGACCUGAUAGUCAAAGACCACGGCAUCCGCCUGCUGGAGGCCCAGAUCGCCACCGGCGGCAUCAUCGACCCCGUGCACAGUCACCGCCUCCCCGUGGAGGUGGCUUACAAGCGGGGCUACUUCGACGAAGAGAUGAACCGGAUCCUCUCUGACCCCAGCGACGACACCAAGGGCUUCUUCGACCCCAACACGCACGAGAACCUCACCUACAUGCAGCUCCUCAGCAGAUGCAUCCCAGACCCAGACACGGGGCUCCUGAUGCUUCAGCUGAUGCACAAAGGCUCCGUGCUCUUCCAGCUAGAUGAAAAAACACGGAUCUCCUUACAGUCUGCCCCUGCCACCGUCAGCGUGGGACUCUUCCAGGGGCAGAACGUGACCGUGUGGGAGCUUCUCUUCUCCAGAUACGUCCCUGACCAAAAAAGGCAGGAGCUUCUGAAGAAGUACAAAGCGGGGACGCUAACCAUUCAGGAAAUGACAACCAUCAUCACCACCCUCAUCACCGAGGCCGAGCAAAAGAGCAGCAGAGAGCCCGGGCACGUGAAAAGUCCGAGCACGCAACGGGCAACGUCACAGAACGCCGAGGCUGCCCGUGCGCAGAGAGAUGAAAAAGGGGAGAAGGCCUUGAAGACUACGACAGUCGACGGCCCGGGGGGCGAGUUCGAAGGGCGAAAGGUCUCUGUGUGGGAUCUGCUCUUCUCCAGAUACGUCCCUGAAGAGAAAAGACAAGAGCUUCUAAAGAAGUACAAAGCAGGGACGCUCACCAUUCAAGAAAUGAUAACCGUCAUCACCACCAUCAUCACCGAGACAGAGGAAAAGAGCGGCAAACAGCCCGGAGGCGUGGAAGGCUCCUGCCGAGAGGAGAGACCAUCCGGGAGAGCUGCCAGCGCCCCUUCGCCACAGGACCAACAAGCGGAAAAGGCUCUCCGGCUCGCGACCGUCGAUGUAUCGGUCGGCGAGUUCCAAGGGCGAAAGGUCUCCGUGUGGGAACUUCUCUUCUCCAAAUACCUCCCGGAAGAGAAAAGGCAGGAGCUCCUGGAGCAGUACCGAGCAGGGACGGUGACUCUGGAGGAGCUGGUCAGAAUCCUCACCACCAUGGUUGAGGAGACCGAAGAGAGAAGCAGCAAAGUGAAGUUCUCAGGCCUCAGGAGGCAGGUGACUGCCUCAGAGCUGUUCAGCUCUGACAUUAUUGACCAGAACACGCUGACUGAACUCACCCAGGGCACCAAGACGGUGCAGGAGAUCACGGAAAUGGAGUCCGUAAAGAGAUACCUCGAAGGAACUAGCUGCAUCGCCGGAGUCCUUGUGCCGUCCAAGGCGGACCCGUCCAAGACAGAGAAGAUGAGCAUCUACCAGGCCAUGGGGAAGGGGAUUCUGAGGCCGGGCACCGCGCUGGUGCUGCUGGAGGCGCAGGCUGCCAGCGGCUUUAUCACUGACCCGCUGAAGAACGAGAAGCUGUCCGUCGAUGAAGCCGUCUCCGCCGGCCUGGUGGGCCGUGAGAUUCACGAGAAGCUGCUCUCUGCAGAGAGAGCAGUGACCGGAUACACUGACCCCUACACGGGCAACAAGAUCUCCCUCUUCCAGGCCAUGAAGAGAGACCUGAUAGUCAAAGACCACGGCAUCCGCCUGCUGGAGGCCCAGAUCGCCACCGGCGGCAUCAUCGACCCCGUGCACAGUCACCGCCUCCCCGUGGAGGUGGCUUACAAGCGGGGCUACUUCGACGAAGAGAUGAACCGGAUCCUCUCUGACCCCAGCGACGACACCAAGGGCUUCUUCGACCCCAACACGCACGAGAACCUCACCUACAUGCAGCUCCUCAGCAGAUGCGUCCCAGACCCAGACACGGGGCUCCUGAUGCUUCAGCUGAUGCACAAAGGCUCCGUGCUCUUCCAGCUAGAUGAAAAAACACGGAUCUCCUUACAGUCUGCCCCUGCCACCGUCAGCGUGGGACUCUUCCAGGGGCAGAACGUGACCGUGUGGGAGCUUCUCUUCUCCAGAUACGUCCCUGACCAAAAAAGGCAGGAGCUUCUGAAGAAGUACAAAGCGGGGACGCUAACCAUUCAGGAAAUGACAACCAUCAUCACCACCCUCAUCACCGAGGCCGAGCAAAAGAGCAGCAGAGAGCCCGGGCACGUGAAAAGUCCGAGCACGCAACGGGCAACGUCACAGAACGCCGAGGCUGCCCGUGCGCAGAGAGAUGAAAAAGGGGAGAAGGCCUUGAAGACUACGACAGUCGACGGCCCGGGGGGCGAGUUCGAAGGGCGAAAGGUCUCUGUGUGGGAUCUGCUCUUCUCCAGAUACGUCCCUGAAGAGAAAAGACAAGAGCUUCUAAAGAAGUACAAAGCAGGGACGCUCACCAUUCAAGAAAUGAUAACCGUCAUCACCACCAUCAUCACCGAGACAGAGGAAAAGAGCGGCAAACAGCCCGGAGGCGUGGAAGGCUCCUGCCGAGAGGAGAGACCAUCCGGGAGAGCUGCCAGCGCCCCUUCGCCACAGGACCAACAAGCGGAAAAGGCUCUCCGGCUCGCGACCGUCGAUGUAUCGGUCGGCGAGUUCCAAGGGCGAAAGGUCUCCGUGUGGGAACUUCUCUUCUCCAAAUACCUCCCGGAAGAGAAAAGGCAGGAGCUCCUGGAGCAGUACCGAGCAGGGACGGUGACUCUGGAGGAGCUGGUCAGAAUCCUCACCACCAUGGUUGAGGAGACCGAAGAGAGAAGCAGCAAAGUGAAGUUCUCAGGCCUCAGGAGGCAGGUGACUGCCUCAGAGCUGUUCAGCUCUGACAUUAUUGACCAGAACAUGCUGACUGAACUCACCCAGGGCACCAAGACGGUGCAGGAGAUCACGGAAAUGGAGUCCGUAAAGAGAUACCUCGAAGGAACUAGCUGCAUCGCCGGAGUCCUUGUGCCGUCCAAGGCGGACCCGUCCAAGACAGAGAAGAUGAGCAUCUACCAGGCCAUGGGGAAGGGGAUUCUGAGGCCGGGCACCGCGCUGGUGCUGCUGGAGGCGCAGGCUGCCAGCGGCUUUAUCACUGACCCGCUGAAGAACGAGAAGCUGUCCGUCGAUGAAGCCGUCUCCGCCGGCCUGGUGGGCCGUGAGAUUCACGAGAAGCUGCUCUCUGCAGAGAGAGCAGUGACCGGAUACACUGACCCCUACACGGGCAACAAGAUCUCCCUCUUCCAGGCCAUGAAGAGAGACCUGAUAGUCAAAGACCACGGCAUCCGCCUGCUGGAGGCCCAGAUCGCCACCGGCGGCAUCAUCGACCCCGUGCACAGUCACCGCCUCCCCGUGGAGGUGGCUUACAAGCGGGGCUACUUCGACGAAGAGAUGAACCGGAUCCUCUCUGACCCCAGCGACGACACCAAGGGCUUCUUCGACCCCAACACGCACGAGAACCUCACCUACAUGCAGCUCCUCAGCAGAUGCGUCCCAGACCCAGACACGGGGCUCCUGAUGCUUCAGCUGAUGCACAAAGGCUCCGUGCUCUUCCAGCUAGAUGAAAAAACACGGAUCUCCUUACAGUCUGCCCCUGCCACCGUCAGCGUGGGACUCUUCCAGGGGCAGAACGUGACCGUGUGGGAGCUUCUCUUCUCCAGAUACGUCCCUGACCAAAAAAGGCAGGAGCUUCUGAAGAAGUACAAAGCGGGGACGCUAACCAUUCAGGAAAUGACAACCAUCAUCACCACCCUCAUCACCGAGGCCGAGCAAAAGAGCAGCAGAGAGCCCGGGCACGUGAAAAGUCCGAGCACGCAACGGGCAACGUCACAGAACGCCGAGGCUGCCCGUGCGCAGAGAGAUGAAAAAGGGGAGAAGGCCUUGAAGACUACGACAGUCGACGGCCCGGGGGGCGAGUUCGAAGGGCGAAAGGUCUCUGUGUGGGAUCUGCUCUUCUCCAGAUACGUCCCUGAAGAGAAAAGACAAGAGCUUCUAAAGAAGUACAAAGCAGGGACGCUCACCAUUCAAGAAAUGAUAACCGUCAUCACCACCAUCAUCACCGAGACAGAGGAAAAGAGCGGCAAACAGCCCGGAGGCGUGGAAGGCUCCUGCCGAGAGGAGAGACCAUCCGGGAGAGCUGCCAGCGCCCCUUCGCCACAGGACCAACAAGCGGAAAAGGCUCUCCGGCUCGCGACCGUCGAUGUAUCGGUCGGCGAGUUCCAAGGGCGAAAGGUCUCCGUGUGGGAACUUCUCUUCUCCAAAUACCUCCCGGAAGAGAAAAGGCAGGAGCUCCUGGAGCAGUACCGAGCAGGGACGGUGACUCUGGAGGAGCUGGUCAGAAUCCUCACCACCAUGGUUGAGGAGACCGAAGAGAGAAGCAGCAAAGUGAAGUUCUCAGGCCUCAGGAGGCAGGUGACUGCCUCAGAGCUGUUCAGCUCUGACAUUAUUGACCAGAACACGCUGACUGAACUCACCCAGGGCACCAAGACGGUGCAGGAGAUCACGGAAAUGGAGUCCGUAAAGAGAUACCUCGAAGGAACUAGCUGCAUCGCCGGAGUCCUUGUGCCGUCCAAGGCGGACCCGUCCAAGACAGAGAAGAUGAGCAUCUACCAGGCCAUGGGGAAGGGGAUUCUGAGGCCGGGCACCGCGCUGGUGCUGCUGGAGGCGCAGGCUGCCAGCGGCUUUAUCACUGACCCGCUGAAGAACGAGAAGCUGUCCGUCGAUGAAGCCGUCUCCGCCGGCCUGGUGGGCCGUGAGAUUCACGAGAAGCUGCUCUCUGCAGAGAGAGCAGUGACCGGAUACACUGACCCCUACACGGGCAACAAGAUCUCCCUCUUCCAGGCCAUGAAGAGAGACCUGAUAGUCAAAGACCACGGCAUCCGCCUGCUGGAGGCCCAGAUCGCCACCGGCGGCAUCAUCGACCCCGUGCACAGUCACCGCCUCCCCGUGGAGGUGGCUUACAAGCGGGGCUACUUCGACGAAGAGAUGAACCGGAUCCUCUCUGACCCCAGCGACGACACCAAGGGCUUCUUCGACCCCAACACGCACGAGAACCUCACCUACAUGCAGCUCCUCAGCAGAUGUGUCCGAGAUCCGGGUACAGGGCUCUGUUUGCUGAAGGUGGCGAUGGACUAA